UGAUAACGGAUAUAACGUUAACGAGUAGUAACGAGUUCAGUCGAUUGUGAACGAUGUUGUUUCCGUGUAAAUCUUAGCAUAACACUAGCAGUCGAGCUAGCUAGUCAUUUCUCUGUUUUUGUGUUAUAUUUGUUCCCUUUCCACUGUAUGUGCUGGACACCUAAAUAUCUUACCCAUCACACAUAAUGGACAGUGAAAUGUCUGACAUCGACCAUGUACCAGGCCCUGAAACCAGCAGUAUGGAGGGGGAGAAUGCACCACUUUACUGUGUUUGCCGGAAACCAGACAUUAACUGCUUCAUGAUUGGCUGUGAUAACUGUAAUGAGUGGUUUCAUGGACACUGCAUUAACAUCACUGAGAAGAUGGCAAAGGCAAUCCGGGAGUGGUAUUGCAUGAGAUGCAGAGAUGAAGACCCCUCACUAGAAAUUAAGUACAGAUCGAAGAAAAGCAGAGAGAAGGAAUCUGAGCCUGACAGAUCAUCUGAUAAACAGUAUAGUACCCCAAGUACACCUGACUAUAGGAGUGAAAGAAGACGUGGAUCAAAAGUGAAGCGUUCAGUGCGAAUGUGUGGGGAGUGUGAGCCCUGCAGAAGGACUGAGGACUGUGCCCAGUGUGACUUCUGUAAGGACAUGAAGAAGUUUGGAGGCCCCAAUAAAAUCAGACAGAAGUGCAGGUUUAGGCAGUGUGAGGUUCGAGCCAGAAAAAUGCUGCGUGUGAAGGAUGAGGAGUUUUCUUUGCGGGAGAGGAGGGAAAACUCCUACCACAGACGGAGACGCUACUCUGAGGACUAUGACAGUGAAGCAGAACUCUACCAGCAGUACAAGGCAGCAGGACUUGAUGACAAUAUGGCAUGGGCUACUGAUGAUGAUGAUGAGCCACCUUUCAGUCCGGUCAUACGUAAGAAAGCUGUGAAGGUGAAACAUGUCAAGAGAAGAGAAAAGAAGUUUGACAAGAAAAAGGAGUCCCGUCGCCACAAGCAGAAGCAGAAGCACAAAGACAGAAGCAGACACAGUGAGAAGGGGGAUUUGCGGGAUAAUGGAGGACUGCGUCAGUGUCUUGGGCCAAACUGUGUAGAGGCUGCAAGGCCCAGCUCCAAAUACUGCUCUGAGGACUGUGGUAUGAAAUUAGCUGCCAACCGGAUCUAUGAGAUCCUCCCUCAGCGUAUCCAGCAAUGGCAGCAGAGUCCCUGCAUCGCUGAGGAGCACGGGAAGAAACAACUGGUCAGCAGGACGAGGAGGUGAGCCUGCAUGUCUAUUUAUUUCAAGCUGAAGAACAAGAACAAAUGUUUAACACUUUGGGAUAAAAUGUCUUGGUUCUGUUUGCAGGUGAAUGAAGGUGAUAGUGAGGACACAGACCUGCAGAUUUUCUGUGUAUCUUGUAGUCAUCCUGUCAAUCCAAAAGUGGCACUGAGACACAUGGAGAGAUGUUAUGCAAAGUAUGAGAGCCAGACAUCUUUUGGUUCCAUGUAUCCUACAAGAAUUGAAGGAGCAACCAGACUCUUCUGCGAUGUCUACAAUCCUCAAAGUAAAACAUAUUGUAAGAGGCUUCAGGUUUUGUGUCCAGAACAUUCCCGAGAUCCCAAGGUCCCAGUUGAUGAGGUGUGUGGUUGUCCUCUUGUGAAGAAUGUGUUUGAGCUCACAGGAGAAUACUGCAGAGUCUCAAAAAGGAAAUGCAACAAACAUUACAACUGGGAAAAGCUUCGGAGAGCAGAGGUGGACUUGGAGCGUGUCAGAGUGUGGUACAAGCUGGAUGAGCUCUUUGAACAGGAGCGUAAUGUCAGGACUGCUAUGACCAACAGAGCUGGUCUGCUCGCUCUUAUGUUGCACCAAACUAUUCAGCAUGACCCCUUGACGACCGAUCUUCGUAGCAACAAGGAUAGGUAGUCAACCUAGUCUGCAUUGUGCAUCAUGUACAUAACACGAGAUCUGAGUGUUAGGGACUUAAACUUAUAGAACAGUAAAAAAAAUGGGUUUGACAAAUUAUUUUAAAAUGUUUGUAUCAUUAAUUUUAAGUGAAUGAAUAUAUAUUUUUCCUGACUGGUAGAUAAGCUAUUGCUGAUUGAAAACUGGUGUUUUUGAUGUGAUUGUCCUGAAUAAAGGCCUUAAACUUGC